CCGCUUUUGGCUCGUAUUCACGCUCUUCCGCUCAUUUCCAAGCCAGGUGCUUGACGACAAACCUUCAGCGCGCGCGAGAGAGAGAGAGAGAGAGGGAGCGAGAGAGCGAGAAAGAGAGAGAGGAAGUGUGUCGCAGCAACAAAAAGAAAAUAACACUUUUUUACGACUCCUGCAAACUGACUGCGGAACAUUGCUUUCACCUUUGUGGAUUUCUUUACAUCUUACAUGUGUUUUUUGCUCCGCCUGUGUUUCCUGCCGCAGUUCUGAACGAGAGUUGUAACCGGACUUGAACGCGUCGGUGUGUUUUUAACUCUGGGAAAAGCAAAAGCCAGUUCGCUGGAUUUUUUGUUUUUUUUAUUUGAUUCUAUUUCAUUUUCGCCGUUUGCCCCCCCACCCCCCACCCCUCUACCCCCAGACUCAGAACAUCCCCAGACGUGGCAUGACUGGUAGAUCUGGCAUCUGGACAGGUGAAUAGUUUCCCCUUCCUCCCGAUAACAACUUUUUUCCCCCCUCGUCGUUAACAUUGGGGAUAAAAAAAGUACACUUUUAUUUUUAUUUUAUUUAAAAAACAACAACCAAGAUGUCAAAACCUGCCGAUCACAUCAAGAGACCCAUGAACGCGUUCAUGGUGUGGUCCCGGGGCCAGCGGAGGAAAAUGGCUCAGGAGAAUCCUAAAAUGCACAACUCGGAGAUCAGCAAGAGACUGGGCGCCGAGUGGAAGCUGCUCUCCGAGUCCGAGAAGAGACCGUACAUCGAUGAGGCCAAGCGGCUGCGGGCUCAGCACAUGAAGGAGCACCCCGACUACAAGUACAGACCCCGACGCAAGCCCAAGAACCUGCUGAAGAAGGACAGGUACGUCUUCCCUCUGCCUUACCUCGGGGACAGCGACCACCUGAAGGGACUCUCUAUCUCGGCCGCAGACUCCCUUUUGAGCCACUCGGAGAAAGCCCGAGCGUUCCUGCCGCCCACGAGCUCCCCGUAUUCCUUCCUCGACCCGAGCCAGUUCACCUCCAGCGCCCUCCAGAAGAUGACGGAGAUGCCGCACGGGUUGAGCGCCGGCGCUUUGCCGUACGCGUCCUCUUUGGGAUACCAGAACGGGGCGUUCGGCCUCGGGUGCCCGAGUCAGCACACCCACACCCACCCGUCGCCCACGAACCCGGGCUACGUUGUCCCGUGCAACUGCACGGCCUGGUCAGCGUCGAGUUUACAGCCCCCGGUGGCCUACAUACUUUUUCCAGGUAUGACCAAGGCUGGGAUAGACCCAUAUUCAUCCGCACAUGCCGCUGCCAUGUAACCCUCAAGACUUUUUUUUGUUUUUUAAUUCACUUGAAUACUGAAAUGCAUGUAAAUAUAUUAUGGACAGCGCGCCCCAUUAAAAAAAGAGGCAUGGACAGUAUUAAUUGCCUUGGACAUGUUAUGGCGAAAAAAGGAGGAAAAAAACUAACUUUUCCAGAAAUUCAACAAGUUCCUGACCUGAGCAAAGGAGCUGGGAUUUGGUGUAAAGGACGGUGCCCUGUGAACUGUAAGAAAUGUAAAUGUUAUAACGUUUAUGGCAACCAGAAAAAAGGAGGCCUUUAACUUUAUUUAUUGUGUACAUUUCAAUGCCGAUAUGCUGGUUUGUGUUGAUUUUUUGAUAUAGGGUACUCUUUUAUUUUGAAAAAAAAAUUGGCUUGCACAAUUAGCGUUCUUAUUUCCUGUAUAGGCCUAAAUAGUCUACAUUUUGGCACUCUUAAUGUUAGGUGGUCAAAAUCAGGACCUAUAGGCUGGAUUACAUACGGGUCAUAUUGUUUAUAUUUAUCGAAAACCUGGCACAUGAAACUAGACGGUCUAUUUAAGAUGACACACAAAAAAAGAAGAAAUAAUCAUUUACAUCCAAAUGUUUUAUUUUGUUUGUUUUUUACCUGUGGUUCAGUGCUAAUAUAGUCACACGCGUCAUUUUUGUUUUGUUUAGUUUUUUUUUAAGAAAAACUUCUAUUUGAAUUCAAGGAGUUACAUGUGUAUUACCAUCUAAGAUGGUGAUUUUUAAAAAGCUGUCAUGUUAUGGAAAGGAUAAUGUAUCUAGAAGGUUCCUGCUCUUUGUUCAACUGCUGAGCAAAGGCAUUUCGAAUAAAGACAAUCUGUCUUCAACGCUAUCAAUUUCCUGUAUUUGUAGGUUAUUGGGCACUUGAGAUGAGAGCGAUAGCGCAACGCUGCGUGUGUUUGCGGGCGCUGCGGGGGGAGUUCAACAUGGCAGAGUGAGGCGUAUUUUAAAUCGAGAAAAUACCAAAAAAUAACAAUAAUGUAAUUUAAUAAAUGCUGGCAACGGAAACGACAAUUCACAAAAAACAAAUGUCUUCUUUUAAAAUA